CUUCACUCCACAUAAUCUCUAACCCUAACAAUUCCAAUUCCCUCGAAAUUGAAUCUAAAACCCCCCAAUUUUCCCCAAAAUUCAAUCUCAAAAUCCCGAAUCUCCCCCUAAAUGUAUCGAAUUAGUCGUUCAUUAUUCCAAUCUCGAAGACUAAUACAUACACAAUCUCAUAAUCCACCAAGUGAAACAUUAAAGAAAACAGUAUCAGAAAUGAGGAAGAAGAAGAAAAAUAAAACGAAUCGAAGUAAAAUGAAUGAUGAGUUCUUAGUUGAAGUACCAGAAUCAAUGGCUUAUCUAGAUACACUUAAAAUGCCUGUUGUUCUUACUGCUGUUGCCGUUGUUCUAUUCGCCAAAGUUCUCAUGUUGCAUGACGAAUCAAAAUCUCAAGAGAGGAUUGAGCGCAAAAUUAGGAAUGCUCCUGAAGGUCAAGGGACAGUUAGGAUGCUUAGUCCUGAAGAAUGGGAGGAAAUCCAAGAAGUGAGGCCAAGGACUCCUUUCGAAUCCAAGCUUGCUCGCCCAAAUGCACGCUUAAGAACCGAUGAACCACUUCGUAUGGGGGAUGUCAAAGACUGGGGUAUCGAUGUGCUCACAGAUGCACUUACAAGAGUGGAAGAUAGCAUCAGACGCGGUGCGUAGUAAUCAUUUCGAGUACCCAACUAUGGCAACAACUGAAUGUACAUUUCCAAUUCCUGAUGGAGCAUUGAGGACUCGAACAUGUUACCCCUAACAUCGACUAAAGUUGUGCAUUGAAGCAACGUGAUGAUGGAUCACAUGGUUACCAAAAUUACUUCAAAAUUGAUAAGAAAUUUUACAUUCCAACCGCUUGAUCCUGAAAAAACUUUGGACAAUUUUUUAUCAUGUCACAGUCGCACUGUUUUUUUGUUACAUUGUUUGUCUACAUAUUAUGUACUGUCAGUUGUAUAUACCCGACAGUGUGAUUAAAGUCCAUGAAAGUACACUUUGGUCAAAUAA